ACGAGGGGUUGGCUCAUGAGAAGAGACUGCAGCACAGUGGACAGUGGUUCCUGCAGCUGAACUACAGUGAGUGCAUACACUGGACUCAGGGUUCUCUGUGACUUAUUUCUUUAAUCACGAUCAUGGGUCAGUCAUUCUCUUCUACAUCUGAGAAUGAAGACCGUGGAGAUUUGGAAUCCAGUUUUACUGCAUAUUUUAAUAAUAUUGAAAUAGAAAACAAAAUCAUUCCUCCGGAAAUCAUCCGUUCUAUAAAAAGGUCUCUGAGAAAAGGAGAUGUUCAGCAGGCACAUUAUAGAAUCAGUGUUGGAUUAGGAAAUAUUGUUUAUGCCCCAAUAAAUGUUGCUGUGACAGGAGAGUCUGGAGUAGGGAAGUCCAGCUUCAUCAAUGCCCUGAGGGGAGUUGGACCUGAAGAGGAAGAUGCAACUCAAGUUGGGAUAGCAGAGACAGCUAUGAGAACUCCAUACAAGCACCCCAAAAUUGAAACGUUGACUUUUUGGGAGCUGCCUGGCAUUGGAACUAUGAACAUUCCACCAAAAUAUUAUCUGGAGAAAGUGAAAUUCCAAGAGUAUGACUUCUUCAUGAUUCUUUCCGCCACACGCUUUAAACUACUUGAACUAGACCUUGCCCAAGCAAUCAGAUUGAAGAGAAAGAAUUGCUACUUUGUAAGAACCAAAGUGGAUGCUGACUUACAAAAUGAAAAGGAAUCCAAACCAUGCACCUUUGACAGAGUAAAGACCCUGCAGCAGGUCAGAAGAUACUGUGUGAACACCUUCAUUCAGAAUAACAUGGAUGUUCCACCGAUUUUCUUGAUUUCUAACCACAAUUUAUCAGACUAUAAUUUUCCAGUCCUGAUGGACACCCUGAUAAAAUAUCUUCCUGCUCAAAAGCACCACAACUUUAUACUUUCCUUGCCUAAUAAUACUGAGGCUGUCGUUGACAAAAAGCACAAAUCUAUGCAGCAAUUUAUCUUGUUGGAAGCCUGCCAGGCUGGAAUUUUGACUACUGUUCCUACAGUGGACAUCCUCAUGGAUGAAGUCGAGGAGUUGAAGGUGAAGUUAAACCACUACCGAGUCCUCUUUGGACUGGAUGAUGAAUCCCUGGAAGUCAUGGCUAACGAUUCUCAAGUGCCUGUUGAACAACUGAAAAAAAACAUUAAAUCUCCUUAUUUGUUAGAAACUAAGAAAGAAGAAACAUUGGGAGAAAUGGUUUUGAAAUAUGUGGAAAAAUUUGCCUCAGCUAAUGGUGGGCCUCUUGCUACAGGGCAUUACUUUGGGAAAACCUUUUACUUACAACUUUAUUUCCUUGACACAGUGACUGAAGAUGCCAAAGUCCUCCUUAGAGAGACAUAUUUUAAAAAACUAGUUCAAGCUCAGCACAUCCACAGUGACUAACCAUGACAAGAUCACAAGAUCAAUGGUUAAUACAAUGGAAUCACUAGAUAAAUUCCCCCUCUUAUAUCUUUUCUUUCCACUAACCAAUCCACUAUCACCAUAGAAACCUAAGGAUAAGGGUCAUGUGUGUUAAUAUGUCAGAACCUGGCAAUCCCCAGCUUCAACUCUCUACCUUCCUCCCUGUCUUUCAACUCUGGUGUGGGAGAAUUGUCUGUAUCCUGUCGAUCAUGUUUUAAAUAAAUGCUGAUAGGCCAAUAGCCAGGCAGAGAGUAUAGGCAAGACAACCAGACAGGAAGUAGAGGCAGGGCAAUGAGAACAGGAGUAUUCUGGGAAGAAGGAAGUUCUUUCUGAGUCCUGUCCAGACACCGAUGAAGCAAGAUGUGACCUGUCCCACUGAAAAAGGUACUGAGCCUUGUGGCUAACAUAGAUAAGAAUAAUGGGUUAACAUCAGUUAUAAGAGCUAAUACGAAGCCUGAGCUGAUGGGCCAACCAGUUUAUAACUUAUGGAGACCUCUGUGUGACUUUCUUUGGGGCUUACCGGUUGUGGGAACCAGGCAGGACAGGAACCAACAAGCGGGCCUUCAUGUUACACAACUCCACAUGUACACUUUAAAACACACAUGCACACACUAACACACAGACACACACAGUGCCAUGUCAUGCACAUAUAAUGAGCAGAGCUCAAUUUCCAGAACCUAUAUAAAAGUUGAGUGGGUGUGGUAGCCACCUUGGACUCCAAACUCAGAAGGCAGAGAAGGUGGAACCAGUGAGCAAGCUGGCUGUCAAGAGCAUGAGAUAACAGCAAGUUCUGGGUUCAGUUGAGGGGCCUUGUCUUGGGGACAAAGACCAGAGAGCAAUUGAGGAUAGGACCUAACAUAAGCCUGACAUACUCACACACACACACACACACACACACACGUGAACACGCAUACUACACAGAGAGACACAUUUUCUUUUUUAAUAUUUUUAUUCAUUUUACAUACCAACAACAGUCUUCCUAUCCCCUCCUCCCCUGCCUCCCAUAAGCACACCCCAAUUUACUCCUCAGAAAUGCUAAGGCCUCCCAUGGUGAAUCACCAAAGCCUGGCACAUUCAGUUGAGUCAGAAGCAAGCCCCUCCCCUGCCAGAAGCAAAGACCUGUAUUUUGAGGUCUGUAUUUUGUUUACAAUCAUCUUAAGUUCACAAGUAAGU